AUGCAAUCCCUCUGCAUGUUCACCGUGAACACCAACGUUCCCCGCGCCUCCGUGCCAGAGGGGCUUCUCUCCGAGCUCACCCAGCAGCUGGCGCAGGCCACCGGCAAGCUGGCACAGUACAUCGCAGUGCACGUGGUCCUGGACCAGCUAAUGACUUUUAGCGGCUCUAGCGACCCCUGCGCCCCACAUAGUCUGCACUGUUACAUUGGCAAGAUCGGAGGUGCACAAAACCGCACCUACAGCAAGCGACUGUGCAGCCUGCUGGCUGCUCACCUGCACAUCAGCCCUGACCGGAUCUACAUCAACUAUUACGACAGGAGCACAGCCAAUGUGGGCUGGAACGGUUCCACUUUUGCCUGAGUGCUGGCCUAAUAA